AACAAGGAAUCCCCCAUACAAAAUUAAAUUGUUUUUGUAUGGAAUGAGAUCCGAAGUUGUGACACAACACAGUGUUACCGAGCUAAUUGGUUUAACAGAGUAAUAGUAAUUUUUAUCAAUACGUGAACAUUAAAUUUGAAAACAAACCGUACGUUCUCUUUACUUAUUUUUAUUAAUAAUAUCGUUUUCUUUGCAUUUCUGUAAUGCUACUGCCAAUCCUGCGACUUAACGCGUUAAUUAGUGCGCUAAAUUGGCAUUACGCACGCACCUAGCUGUAGAAAAAUGUAAAUUUCCUGUGACAGCACUAAACAAAAUGCCGGUUGGGCUUUGUCGUUUUUUGUUUGUUUUGUCGUUUAUUCAUUUGGUUUUGAUGAACAUCACAUUGAGUUAUUUAAAAAACUAAUGGCAUUUUAAUAUUUUAACAUCGCUUAUAACUUCACGUUGAUGUUUUUCGAGAAAAUACUCUGUUUACAAAAUUAUUUUGGAAACGUGUUUUUUGUUCGUGUUAAUUUAAAUAUUUGCUGUUAAGAAAUUUACUCCUCCUGUUUGGUCUUGUUUUUAUUUGUUAAUUUUAAGUUUUUGUUGUUUAAUUUUUGUUGCAUCUUUUGCUAAAAUUUUAUCAUGCCUGAUACUCAUCGUACUUGUGAAGUUUGUGGUAUCAAAGAAAGACAUCUUAAUGAAAAACGGUUUUUCGCAAGGUUUCCUCUGGAUGUCAAUAGAUGUAAAGAGUGGGUAAAAAUAGUUGGCAAAGAAGAUCUGGCUUAUCUUCAAGUACAUAUGCUACAUGAUUUAAAACAUGUUUGUGAAGUACAUUUCUCAAGGCGAGAGAUUACAAAAUCAAAGAAGCGCUUAAAAAAACGAGCUGUACCCAAACUGAACUUGACACUGCCACCAUUGAGAGAUGAAAUUCUUUUUCAAUUUUUGCAACUUAACUCACAAGCGGAUGUCACCCCACAAGGCCAGUUUGAGGUUCAGGCAGUUCCUAGUGCUUCAAUGCCAGCAUCCUCAAGUCAGCCUAGCAGUCUAGAGAAAACGGAUGUCACCCCACAGGGCCAGUUUGAGGUUCAGGCUGUUCCUAGUGCUUCAAUGCCGACAUCCUCAGACGUCACCACACGAAGCCAGCAGAAGGAAAGUGAAAGUCAAAUAAGAAAAAGAAAAUUAGAAGAUGUUGUAUUCAUGCAAUUUUUUGUUUUAGAUGUAACACCACGGAAAAGGAGGCUCUUAAGUGAAUUGAGAAAAACAAAGUGCACAUUGGCAUCAUUAAAAAAGAGCGCGAAACUAAUAGACAAUUUAUCGUCAGAAUUUCUAAAAGAAAUUGUCACGUCCGCGUUGAAAAAUCAAAAGCGUAAGUCACAAGGUAAACGAUGGACUAUUAAAAAUAAAAUAUCAGCAUUAGCCAUCUUCAAGCGUUCACCAAAAGCUUACCGAUAUCUGCGAUAUCUCGCACCAUUUCAGAGUAUCAAAACAAUGCAAAAAUUUAUGACAAAAAUACCUGUUGAGCCAGUUUUAAAUACAGCUGUACUUGACUACCUGAAAAAACUAGCUCCCAUUAAAAAAAUAAGAGCAAAAUUAUGCUCGCUAGUCUUUAACGAAAUAGCGUUAAAAGAAAGAUUAACUUAUAGUGAAGCCACAGAUAAAGUGGAAGGGUUUAUCGAUUAUGGACAUGAGAGGAAAAAUGAGCUAGCAAACCAUGCCUUAGUCUUCAUGUUACAAGGUAUUGGGAGAAAAAUUAAACAACCCCCUGCAUUCUAUUUUGUAAGAGGCACAGUAUCUUCAGAAAAAUUACCAGUUUUAAUUCAAGAAAUUAACAACUCGGGAUUUCAAGUUUUAUCAACAAUAUGCGAUCAAGGGCCCACCAAUAUGGGAGCGUUAAUACUGUUAAAGGAGUGGAACAAUGGUGGGCAUAAUUAUUUUGAAUUUGAAAAUAAUAAUAAAAAAAAAAAUUAUGAUAUUCCACAUUUAUUAAAAUCACUGAGAAAUAACUAUUUAAAACAAGGAUUUCUGAAAAUGGAAGAAUUGAAAGGUCAAUGGAGCCAUUUAGUUGAGGUAGAGGAACGAAAUAGAGUUUUUUUUAUAUCUUAGCAAUCUCAAAUCAACUCAUGUACAACCAAAGUACAGAGCUAAGAUGAAAGUUAAAUAUGCCGCACAAAUACUUAGCUGCCACUGUUCUUAAAUUAUUAGCCACAAAUGUGGAAAAUGUUCACCGAUCAGAUGAAAUAUUAUAGACUGCUUUGUUAAUUGAAAAAUUCAAUAAACUUUUUGAUUAUACAAAUGGACCAUCAGGGGAUGCUGACGUAAAAAAAGGUAUACAGGAAAACAU